UCUAAGAUGAUAAUAUUUAAAAAGAAUCUAAAUAUUUUCUCUCUAUAAUCUUUUUUUAUCAUGUGUUAACAUCUUAUCUUAUCGUUCAAGUAAUAGACAUAAUACUAUUCAUGUGACUUGAAAAUCAACAAUGGCAUGGAAAAUGUUGCAAAGGGAAGAUGUUGAAGAACAAGCAUCACGUUCACAAUCACAUUUUAAAGCUAAUAAAAAGAUUUCCUUGAAUGUCCAUUUCAUUUGCUCAUUAAUCAAAAUGUUUACACAAAUCCAUAAAAAACCAACAAUGAGCAUAAGCAAGCCGAUGAUCAUAAGCUUAUUAUCGCUCUCGGUAAUCUUGAUGUUGAUCUCGAUCUUGAUCUUCUCUACCAAUUCUUAUUCCCAGACAACCCAAAUCUUAAUACCGAGUUUCAAUCUCAAUUACUUCAAGAACACCCAUAACACCCUCUAUCCAAACCAAGAAGCCACCCCUACUAACAUCUCCCAUAUCGUAUUUAGCAUCUCAGGUGCUGUAAAAACUUGGCAUGCAAGAAAACACUACGUCGAAUCAUGGUGGCGUCCAAAUGGAACCCGUGGUUUCCUUUUCUUUGAUCAAGCCCCUAUACAACACCUCCCUUGGCCCCCCACCUCACCACGCGUAUAUGUCUCUAAUGAGACCAUGAGCCAAAAAGGCGUCCCUUACACCAUUAGAAUCGCGAGAAUUAUUAAAGAGACAUUCAACGCGGAGAACAAAGGUGUGAGGUGGUAUGUGAUGGGGGAUGAUGACACCAUAUUCUUUUUGGAUAACUUGGUGGAUGUGUUGAAUAAGUAUGAUCACAAUGGUUACUAUUAUGUUGGUAUGAAUUCAGAAAGUGUUAUAUCUAAUAGUCUAUUUUCAUUUGUGAUGGGAUUUGGUGGUGCUGGAUUGGUUUUUAGUUACCCUCUUGCUAACAUUUUGGCCAAGAAUUUAGAUGUGUGUUUAGAGAGGUACAAAAAUUUUCAUGGGGGUGACCAUAUCUUGCAAUCUUGUGUGGCUGAUUUGGGGGUUUCACUUACUCAAGUGAAAGGUUUUCAUCAGAUUGAUCUACACGAGGACAUAUCAGGACUUUUAUCAGCACACCCACAGACUCCUUUGGUCUCUCUACACCACCUUGACAUGGUCGAACCGAUCUUUCCCACUAUGGACCGCCCUCGGUCACUAGACCAUUUAAUGAAAUCCGCAAAAGCCGACCAGUCACGGCUCCUCCAACAAAGCAUAUGCUACAACCACCCCAAGAACUGGAGUUUCUCCUUGUCUUGGGGCUACUCAGUGCAUAUAUACGAAAAAGUCCUCGCGCCUAGCCUUUUACAAGUACCGAUACAGACGUUUGCUGAAUGGCGAAAAGGGGCUAAGCCGGCUUUCAUGAUGAACACUAGGGGUCUUAGCAAGAAUCGUUGUGAUAUUCCUCACUAUUUUUACUUGGAUUCUGUGGAGGAAUAUCCUGGUGGAGGCGAGCGGCAGGAGGUGGUGACAAGCUAUGUUCGAAGAUUUCCACGGUUACCUCCUUGUUUGAUGAGCGGGAGUCGAUCGGCUAAUGUUGUGGAGAAGAUUCUCGUGAUAUCACCGGUGACGAGACUUGAAACGGAGGGAAGAAGGAGAGAAUGUUGUGACAUUGUACAAGUAGAGAAAGAGAAUGUUACAACGAUCAAGCUUAGGCCUUGCAUGCAAUAUGAAAUAAUUGGGUGACUUUUACCUUUAUAUUUUGGUAUGGUUCAAGGGUUUUAAUAUCUUGCAAUAUGAAAUACUUGUGUGAUUUUAAAAUUUAUAUUUUGUUGAAAUUCAACCAAAAUUAUUUAAUGUUUAUGUUUAUCAUAUAUUCAUAUUGUCUAAUGUAUAUGACCCUGGUUGUCGUUAGUUUGUCUGGUUUGAUAAAUAAA